UUGCAAGAGAGAGAGAGAGAUGGAGCCCAACAGAAGGAAGAAGACGGAGAAGAGCAAGUGGACAGCAAUUAAUAACGAAGAGGAGAAGAAGGUUGAAGAGCUACUUCAAGCAGCGCAGGACGAGUUGCUUCUUAAGCUCUCUCUCGACUCCCACAUGUCCCGCGUUCCUCCCGACUACCUCCACACCGAUCUCGACCGUCGUUUCCAAUCCCUCAAAUCCCGACCAUCCCUCCCUAUAUCUCCGUCUCAAUCCCAGAAAUUGACUCCAUCAUCAGUUGCUUCUGCUGGUGCGGAGGACGAGGAAUUGAAGGCCGCUCUGGGUGACGAGCUCUCCACUAGAUUCGCUGCUCUCAAGGGUUCUUUGUUUUCGUCGUCUUCUUCAUCUUCUACUAACGUUAUUUCUGUGGGUCCCAUAUCAUCAUCUGAUGACGAUGAAGAGGAUGAAGUCGAGAAGUUGAUUCGGUGGGCCAAGGAUGCAGCUCGUCUCGACCCUUCUCCUCCGUCCGAUGAAGACGACGAGGAGGAAGAGGAUAACCAUCAACAUGAAAAGGUACAUCAACGGAAAUAGCGGGAUCCUAAAGGCAAUAUAUUUUCCUUUUUUUUUUUUUGGUUGUUGUUUUAGGCAUUGGGAAUAUUAAUCAUAUUUGAAAUAAAUAAUGGAUUCCUGAUGGCGUUCGUGAAAA